CACUUUGUCUCACACAAUCACCCAUUCCGUCGAUGCUCAGUGUUGUCCAAAUCCUAGCUGUUGUGGGCAUCGUUUCCCUCGUCCUGCAACUGUAUCGCCUUUUGAGCUUCAUUUGGCUGUACUUCCUCCGACCGAGCACGGUGCAUCGGUACCUCCACGGACCACCGGCGUACGCUCUCGUUACGGGUGCAUCUGAUGGCAUUGGAAAGGCCAUUGCAGCAGAAUUAUACAAUCAAGGCUUCAACCUGAUUCUACACGGCCGUAACGAAGCGAAGUUACUCAACGUCGUGGACCAGAUUCGUGGCUCUGCUCGGGCACGCGAUGUGAAAUACUUCUUCGCAGACGCCUCUGAUGCGGAUCAUGACUUCGAACGCAUACUCGCGCCGUUCAAGGAUUUGAACAUCACCGUCAUUGUCCACAAUGUAGGCAGCUCGCCGCUGACAAGGGAAAAAAUCAACGGGUUGAGCAAAACAGACCUCAUGGACAUCAUCAAUCGCAACGCGAUCUUUCCCCUCAUGGUCACCCACACUCUUCUUACCCAACUUCAUCUCGCCUCGAGGACAGGUCCUGUGCUGGUCCAAUUCAUAGGAUCCCAAGCAGGGGAGCUGUCACCGGCCCGAUUGGCCGUCUAUGCGGGGUCGAAAGCAUUCCUGAAGGCACUCGCUCGCGGACUCGACACCGACGAGCGUGUGUGGGACACACAGACGAGUGUGCGUUUCGCAUACCUGAACACGGGGCAGGUGCAGUCCAGUACCAUGCGCAUCCCGUCGUCGUUGGCCACGCCGACAUCGGAACGCUAUGCGGAGGCCGUCGUGGCGAGGAUGGGUUGUGGAUGGAGACAGUAUUGCCCGUAUUGGAUGCAUUCGAUCCAGGCGUGGUGUGCGCAACUCCUAGGGGAAAGCGCGGCCGACACGUUCGCGGCGCAAGCAGUUGCGGACCUGAUUGCUGUUCAUGAAAAACAGAGCUAGUAUGUGGUUUGUAGCUGCGGGUGACUGCGUUUAGUGUGUAUCAUAGCCACACUACGGCGAUGGUCUGUGUGAUGAUUUCAUGUUCUCCGCGUGUUUAUACUGUGAACACUGAAGAGAAACCUGCACCCGUAGUACCGUUACGUACAUGUCCAAAGUGAAAACCUGUUCUUCGUGCUUUGACUGGUCGUAUGGACUUUUCUCCCGCAAUCGU